UUCACACAUGGAGAAACUCUGAAGCUCCUUGAAGUCCUUCAGGUAAUGAUCAAUGCCAUAACACUAUUGUUAAAUAUCAAUAUGAGUAAAUUAGACCUAUAAGAGGUAAUGCAGUGGGUUACAGCGUGAAGCUGCCGGAGGGUCGGACUACCGUUUUUCUUCUUCUUCUUCUUGUAAUACAGGCGCGUGAGCUGAAAGGUGAGCGGAGGCAAUCACACCAAAUGUAAUAGUUUCUUAAAUUAAAUUUCCCCCCAUAUGCAGUGCAAAUAAUAGUAUAAUAGUCGUGUUCAAGUGGCUGUUACCAGAGGGCGAGGAGAUCUAUUAUAGGACGAGGAACCGUUAUGGAGAUCAUCAGGUCCAAGAUGGCAACUUAAUUCCUUCAAUAGACUUUAUUGCACCGGGAUGGAGGACGCGGUGCGAUACGGUAACCGAUGACGACCGGCCGAUACCUGCAGGGCAUUUCUCUUUCUUCCAUUGCUGAAGCCCUGAGGCUUCCUUGAAUCUGCCCGGUGCGCGCUCCCGCCCCCUUCAAAGAGCGUUGCGCGCUCCCGUGUCUCUGAAACUCCGUCCGCUCCCACGUGCUCCUCUGUGUAUAAAACCGGGUCUCCGCUCAGCAUGUCGAGUCAGUCACCGGACAAACGGAGGAAGAUGGAGACUGCGCUGGACCAGCUGAAGAAGCACACCGUGGUGGUGGCGGACACUGGCGACUUUAACGCCAUCGAGGAGUACAAGCCUCAAGACGCCACCACCAACCCGUCGCUCAUCCUCGCCGCCGCCAAGAUGCCGGCCUACCAGCACCUGGUGGACCAGGCCAUCAAGUACGGCGUCGCCAAAGGCGGAACCGAGGAGGAGCAGGUGGCCAACACCAUGGACAAGCUGUUCGUGAGCUUCGGGCUCGAGAUCCUCAAGAAGGUCCCCGGCCGAGUCUCCACCGAGGUGGACGCCAGGCUUUCCUUUGACAAAGACGAGAUGGUGGCCAAGGCUCUGAGGCUCAUCGCUCUGUACGAAGAAGCCGGCAUCGGCAAAGAGCGCGUGCUCAUCAAGCUGUCGUCGACGUGGGAGGGGAUCCAGGCUGGCAGGGUCCUGGAGAAGGACCACAGCGUCCACUGCAACCUGACGCUGCUGUUCUCCUUCGCUCAGGCCGUGGCGUGCGCCGAGGCCAACGUGACCCUCAUAUCGCCGUUCGUGGGCCGCAUCCUGGACUGGUACAAGGAGAGCACGGGCCGCGCCGGCUACGAGGCGCACGAGGACCCGGGUGUGCUGAGCGUGAUCAAGAUCUACAACUACUACAAGAAGUUUGGCUACGGCACCGUGGUGAUGGGCGCCUCCUUCCGGAACACGGCGCAGGUGAAGGCGCUGGCGGGCUGCGACCUGCUCACCAUCUCCCCCGGGCUGCUGGCCGAGCUCAGCGGCGACUACGCCGUCGUCACGCCGACGCUCAGCGAGGAGGCGGCCAAGUCGUGCGACCUGGAGAAGAUCCACCUGGACGAGAAGGAUUACCGCUGGCGGCACAACGAGGACCGCAUGGCGGUGGAGAAGCUGUCGGACGGCAUCCGCAAGUUCGCCGCCGACGGCGUCAAGCUGGAGACCGUGAUCCGGGAGAAGAUGCUCAGCGGGAAAAACGGCAAGUAGCGGCCGGACGUCGGCGUGAAGCGGGAGGCGUCGGCGGGUCGGCCAUCUUUGUCGCCGAGAGCAGCUCCUCCGCCAGGGACCUCUCGCCGACCGUCGUGCGUUUCCCCGAAACGUAACAACCGGCGACUCGACGCUUGUUUGCAUUUUGCUGUAAAAAUAGUCUUUAAUAUUUUGUAUAAAUCUGACCAUAAAGGGACGAACUCCCACAACGGUUUUGAGGCCCAGAGUUCUGAUAACAGCCGACGACACGGCGCCCGUCAUUCCUCCAGAAGGUUGCACUUCUUGUUCUUUCUCACAAAUAAAACUAUGAAUCUGU